GUAGGGGGGAGGGAGACAGCCAGUCUUGAUCGGGACACUGCGGAGGACGGACGUCAUCUCUCUCGCCGCUCUCCACGCUGACCACGUGGUCGACACAAACAACUUAACUAUUGAACACAUUCUCCCAUCUUGAAAGUUCUUGCACCGGUUUGUGUUCCGUUGGAGGUACGGAGACCAGAAGACACUACACUUCCAGCCAUUGAUCAGGUCUGUUGUGGUCGAGGGUGUUGGACGACAUGAAGAACCAGGGAACACCCAUAAAUAUGUUCCUUUUACUGCUACUCCAUGCUACUUACCAGGUUGUCGUGGCAGAGGUUGCCCAGGAUAACAUUGCCCUGCCACAGGAGGAGUCCAGACCUUUCAUCCUACCCGCCCCGGGCAUCAGGCACCGGCCGGGUGGACUUCAACAGUACUCCAGCGACUUCCACGAGGGGCCGCCCAUCCUGGCUGGCUAUGAGAGCAACAUUCAGCAGCUGCAGUCACCCUCAGGAAUAGUGGGCAACUUGCUUCCACUGGAGCCACAUUUGGCCAUGGCGCAGGUGGUGGUCCUCGACGUGGCCUGCCAAACGGACCAGAUGAUUGUGAGGAUCGUCUUCGACGGCUCCUUCGCCGGUCUCAUGUACGCUAAGGGGUUCUACAGCGUGCCUCAGUGUAACUACGUCGCUCCAGGAACAGGAGGGCGAGAAUUUGAGUUCGUAGUGAAGGUGGGGACCUGUGGCACGCAGUACGUGGAGGGGGGACCUGAUGCGCCCUCAUACCUGGAAAACGUUAUUGUUAUACAGAACGAACCGGGCAUCCAGGAGGUGUGGGACACGGCGCGAGGAGUCAGAUGUGUGUUCGACGGGGCGGCGGGGAGAGGAGACAGCAGCCAGAAGGUGAGCGCCGCCCUCAACGUCGCCAUGCUGGAGCAGAAAGUCGUCUCCUUUGCUGCUGACACCGUGGCGUCAGCCUCCCUCGAUAUUCAGGUUGGACGCGGGCCCUUCGCCCCCUCGGCCUCUGGCAUGGUGAAGAUCGGGCAGUUGAUGACGAUGGUCGUGGGCGUGGAAGGACCCGCCAAUGCUGACCUGCUGGUGCGGGAGUGCGUCGCUCAUGACGGCUCACAUAACGAUCCCUACCAACUCACAGACGAGAAAGGCUGUGUGCUGGGGAGCAGGAAGAAGCUGCUGGGGUCGUGGCAGAAGACCCGAGACACAGGUAUCCCCAAGGUUCCCGUCCUCGCGUACUCACACUUCCAGGCCUUUAAGUUCCCGGACAAGAAUGAUGUCUACAUUGAGUGUCAAGUGGACUUGUGUACUGACGGCUGUCCAGUGUGUCCCGAGGACGGGGUUAGUCGGAAGCGGCGCUCUUUGCCUGUAUUCGGCCGGGGGAGCAGCAGCAGAUGGGGUGUGCAAGAGGAGCAGGAAGACGAGGAGAGGUCAGAAGGCAGCAACACGAGGAAUAGCAUCAGCAGCAACAACAAAAAUGAGAGUAGCGGCGAGGCAGUGCGUCUGGCCAGGAAGCUGAGAGUCAUCUCCCCCGAGGAUUACUCCCUUAUACGGGACUCGCCCAUCACCCUUGUCACUAAAGAUGCCGGAGUAAGCCCUGGGGACAUGUGCAUGAGUGUGUCGUCAUUUGUGGUUGGACUGGUGACCAUGUUCGUCGUCCUAGUGGCCUCCUCAGUCGUAACAGCCGUCCUCUGCGCCCGCGUCAGGACCAUCCCCUCCACGACUUCCACCUAUCCCCCCGAUACCUCCUUCCACGCCUUCAGCACCGUCUCCGGCAAGACCUUCUGAAAACAAGGGACCUAGUGGUGCUUAAGGAACCGGAAGGCACUUUCGUUCCUGAUGGAGAUCAUGAGAGGCGCAGUUGUCACUCCCUCUCAGGGCUCUUUAUUUCCUUCUGACGUGAGAAACCAACAAUAAUAACACAAGAAAACUGAAGAAAGCCUUAAACUGUGAUAGAAAACAAGCGUGACAGGUUCUCAAGGUCACAUCCAACUUUGGCAUAAAAAUCUUCCUUGUAAACGUGUCAAGCACAGCCUUCUUCGACACAUGUACUGCCAUAGUGUUACUUCGUGCAUAAUAAUAUUUAUAAUAGAAAUAGUAAUAAUAAUGUAGGACUCAGCCAAGGAGCCUAUUCUAAGGCUCUAUUUUUGUAUGGGAAUGUGUGUGUAAUGUAGUAUUCAGUUAUCAACCACAGGGUUGAUAACUCUCGAUCGUUAGAGAGUUACGCUCUCUAUAAACCACUAGUGAGAUUAUCUAUUAUGCAGUCUCUCACACACUUUAUUAUAGUUAUUUCUAUGAACUGCACUAAAUCAUGUAUUUCUAGAUAUCCAUCAAAUCCUUCCUGAAGCAAAUAUAAAAAAAAACUUCGAAUUUGUUCAAAUAGGUAAAUGCAAAAUAUUGAUUAGGAAACAAUUGUCGAAUCUCCAGUCUUCUAUUGGAGAUGACAAACACCCAACUAGGAGACAAGGCUACACGCGGGGGAUUUUGAACACUAACGUAAUUUGGUGUAUGCCCUCUUAAGUUUUAGGUUUUAAAACAUUUUUAGAAGACAUACGUAUUAUUUUCAUAAUACUGGUCCCAAUUACGAGUAAAUUUUUGUCCUUAGUUCAAGUUCAAGUAUGUUUAUUGAGAUGAGAAAGAAAUACAUCUCAAAGGGAUAGAGUAGCUUAGGCUAUUUCUACCCCCCCUUUGUCCUUAGGAAGUAGAAGCAUGUGAUCUAUUUGAUUUAAACGCCUUGUCUUGCUAGCACUAGAUAUAUAGUGCUUGACUUUUUUAGUCAUUAAUUCAUGGCCUUCGAAAAUUAUUUUGUAAUAUUCUUAAAAUUGUUACUUUUCUAAUUGUCAGAAGUUAUAUUAUCUAUUGUUCUUUUACAGCCUUUCUUCACCCUUGUCUCUAAUAGCCAAAUUGGUUUAGCUCUACGUAACAUACUUAAUUUUUUGUUUAGUGUAUGUUGACCAGCAUGGUUGUAUAAAAAUAAUACGAUGAAUUAAUGGUAUUGGUUCGCUGUGUUUAGGCGUCGUCUCUCAUUGGUUGACUGAUUGUUUAUAUUAGGCUUUCAUUGGCUGGUAACUUAUUUUUGAGAGCUGGUUGGCUGAUAUCAUCGACCAAUCACUGCUUAUGUAAACACGAUAAACCCCCCCCCCCCCAAUGAAAUCCUCAAAAGCAAAUUAAAUAACGAGAGGCGAAGAUUCAAACUCAUCAGUGAUUUAUAUUAAAAAAAUUGAACAUUUAUCAUUGUGUACACAAAUGAUAGCUUGAUAUCCUUAACAUACAGUGCCACGUCUUGUAUUUUAAGCUAACUGGGAUAAUUUGUAAAUACUCUUUGUACCAGGCUAAGUUAGGAAUUUGUAAGUAUAACUAGUUAAUUGUUGAUAUCUAUACUGUCACUGUCGCUUAGAAAUUGUUGAUUCAAACUUAGUAGUUUGUUUAUUAGUAGACUUGUUUAGUUGGCAACAUUGCUAACAACUAUUGUGAUAUUAUCUAAUAUUGAGAGAGAGAGAGAGAGAGAGAGAGAGAGAGAGAGAGAGAGAGAGAGAGAGAGAGAGAGAGAGAGAGAGAGAGAGAGAGAGAGAC